AUGGGAUACCAGGUGAACGACUGCCUGGUGGUGCAGCGACCUGGAAGCUGGUGGCUCCUUUUUUCAGGCUCUAGAGACGGCGGCACUUCUCCCUCGGGUUGCGGAGUCAGCGGGGCUUCUCCCUCGGGUUGCGGAGUCAGCGGGGCUUCUCCCUCGGGUUGCGGAGUCAGCGGGGCUUCUCCCUCGGGUUGCGGAGUCAGCCGGGCUUCUCCCUCGGGUUGCGGAGUCAGCGGGGCUUCUCCCUCGGGUUGCGGAGUCAGCGGGGCUUCUCCCUCGGGCUGCAGAGUCAGCGGGGCUUCUCUCUCGGGUUGCGGAAUCAGCGGGGCUUUUCCCUCGGGUUGCGGAGUCAGCGGGGCUUCUCCCUCGGGUUGCGGAGUCAGCGGGGCUUCUCCCUCGGGUUGCGGAGUCAGCGGGGCUUCUCCCUCGGGUUGCGGAGUCAGCGGGGCUUCUCCCUCGGGUUGCGGAGUCAGCGGGGCUUCUCCCUCGGGUUGCGGAGUCAGCGGGGCUUCUCCCUCGGGUUGCGGAGUCAGCGGGGCUUCUCCCUCGGGUUGCGGAGUCAGCGGGGCUUCUCCCUCGGGUUGCAGGGUCAGCGGGGCUUCUCCCUCGGGUUGCAGAGUCAGCGGGGCUUCUCCCUCGGGUUGCAGAGUCAGCUAA